AUGGCUCCGAUUUCCAGUAACAGCUAUAUUCCCUCUUUCAAUCUCCAAAUCUUCAUCUUCCUGUUCCUUACAGCAAAACCCAUUUCCUCUUUUGCCCAUUCAGCCCUUGACAACAACCCCAGCUUUGAUCCCCACAUUUCCCUCUUUGGUGAUGCAAGGGUUGAAGAUGGAAGCUCCGAUGUGCAGCUCACGCGUCCUCACGCGCCUAGUUCCGGGCUUCUAUUGCUGCACAAGCCAUUGAAGCUCACAAUGGAAAACAAUGUGGGUCAACCGGUGUCGUUUUCAACUGAGUUUUCCUUUUCUAUAGCUCCUGGUAAUUGUGAUGGAUUAGCUUUUGUGCUUAUUCCUAAUGGUUUCCACACAAGAUUUCAGGGCCAAGGGUCUUUUGGUCUUUCUGGUGAAAAUAUAUUCCUUGGUAUUGAAUUUGAUACAAAGAAAGAUGAUGAUAAAGCUGGAAACUUUAAUGCAAAUCAUGUAAGCAUUGAUAUUCAUGGUGUUGAAUCUGUUAAACUUAGCAAUUUGUCAUCUCUGAAUUUAGUGUUGAACAGUGGGAAUGUGUUGAAAUCUUGGGUUGAUUAUGAUUCGAGUUCCAAACUUUUACAAGUUAGAUUAAGCAAAUUAGAUGAAAAUAGGCCUUUGAAUCCAAUUCUAGCAUACCAUAUUGAUUUGGUAGAAAUGUGGGGUAAUCAUGAUGUUUUUGUUGGUAUAAUAUCAACAACUAGUGAUGAAUCUUCACAAAUUAGUAGCAAUGUUAAUGUUCAUUCAUGGAGAUUCAGGGUAAAUGUUGUUCCAAGUUGGAUGCAUUCAUUGCCUGCUGAUCCAAGAAGUUACAUGGAUAAGAAGGAUAGUGAGGAAACUAGGGAAGAAAAGGGGAAGUUUUGUGCUUUGCCAAUUCUCGCUAGGUUGAUUUUCGCUACUGGAUGUGGUGCCUUGUUUGCGUUCAUGAUGCUGUUUAUGUGGGCGAUUUUCGUUAGUAGGCACACAGUAUUCCCCGUCAAGUAUCAACCCAGUCAUGAAGAUUUCAGGUAUGAGAAAGUCAAUGUGGUUGUAGAGAAGGAAGAUCAAUGCAAUAAGGUUUAG